UCUCUCUCUCUUCCCCAGGUCUUCUCUUUCUUUUCCCUCCCUUCCUCCACUCCCUCUUGGCUGCCGCUUUGUUUCGGUGGCUGCUGGUGCAGCUGCUGCUGCUGUAGCGGAGGGAGCUGUCCUGCAGCCUGUGCUCCUGAAAUCGCAGCCUCUCUCCAUUAACCACAAUGUAAGAGCAAUGAGAACAGCUCUACCAAACCCAGCCUGGCAAUGGAGGAUGAUUUAUUCCAGCUAAGACAGCUGCCGCAAAUCCCUGGAAGUAUGCCAAAGUAAGGAGUGAAUAAAGACCGAGUGAGAACCGAGUAAGGACAUCUGGAUUUGGGUGGUCAAGUUUCGCCGCACAGGGGAAAGUUCCAGGUCAGACGAAGAUGCCAUUUCAGGAGAGCAUGAAAUUCAGAUUGAAGGUGUUCGGACAGAGCUAGAGGCUAUAGAGCUAGAGGAUGGAGCUGCAGUGCCAAAGGAAUUUGCCAAUCCAACUGAUGAUACUUUUAUGGUGGAAGAUGCGGUGGAAGCCAUCGGGUUUGGGAAAUUCCAGUGGAAGCUCUCUGUUCUUACUGGAUUAGCAUGGAUGGCAGAUGCAAUGGAAAUGAUGAUUCUAAGUAUCCUAGCUCCUCAGCUUCAUUGUGAGUGGCGAUUACCAAGCUGGCAGGUUGCAUUGCUUACAUCGGUGGUGUUUGUGGGAAUGAUGUGCAGCUCUACACUCUGGGGAAACAUUUCAGACCAGUAUGGCAGAAAAACUGGGCUAAAGAUCAGUGUGUUCUGGACCCUGUACUAUGGGAUCCUCAGUGGUUUUGCACCAGUAUACAGUUGGAUCCUUGUGCUCAGGGGACUGGUGGGCUUUGGGAUUGGAGGGGUACCUCAGUCAGUAACCUUAUAUGCUGAAUUCCUUCCAAUGAAAGCUAGAGCAAAAUGCAUUUUAUUAAUAGAGGUCUUUUGGGCCAUUGGGACUGUAUUUGAAGUCCUUCUUGCAGUGUUUGUGAUGCCCACUCUUGGCUGGCGUUGGCUGCUCAUUCUUUCUGCUGUUCCACUCUUGCUGUUCGCCAUCUUAUGUUUUUGGCUGCCAGAAAGUGCAAGAUAUGAUGUGUUAUCUGGAAACCAAGAGAAGGCUAUUGCCACUUUGAAGCGGAUAGCAGCAGAAAAUGGAGCUCCAAUGCCUCUGGGAAAAUUAAUCAUUUCCAGACAGGAAGACCGGGGGAAAAUGAGGGACCUUUUCACACCCCAGUUUAGAUGGACAACAUUGUUGCUUUGGUUUAUAUGGUUUUCCAAUGCCUUUUCUUAUUAUGGGUUAGUUUUAUUAACUACAGAGCUCUUUCAAGCAGGGGAUGUCUGCAGCAUUUCCAGUAGAAGGAAAGCAGUUAAGGCAAAAUGCAGCCUGGCCUGUGAGUAUCUGACAGAGGAAGACUACACUGAUCUGCUCUGGACCACUUUAUCGGAGUUCCCAGGUGUCCUGGUGACCCUAUGGAUUAUUGAUCGGAUAGGCCGUAAAAAAACCAUGGCGCUGUCCUUUUUUGUCUUCUCGUUUUGUAGUCUUCUGUUAUUUCUCUGCGUUGGAAGAAAUGUUCUUACUGUGCUGCUCUUCAUCGCAAGGGCUUUCAUUUCAGGAGGAUUUCAGGCUGCUUAUGUUUACACUCCGGAGGUUUACCCAACAGCUACUCGUGCUCUGGGCCUAGGAACAUGCAGUGGAAUGGCCAGAGUAGGAGCCUUAAUAACUCCAUUUAUUGCACAGGUGAUGCUGGAAUCUUCAGUCUAUUUAACUCUGGUGGUUUACAGUGGAUGCUGCCUGUUAGCAGCCUUGGCUUCCUGUUUUUUGCCCAUUGAAACCAAAGGGCGUGGUCUGCAGGAGUCCAGCCACAGAGAAUGGGGACAAGAGAUGGUUGGGAGAGGAUCCCACAACAUGGGAGUCACCAGGUCAAAUUCUGGAUCACAGGAAUGAUAGGACAUGAGCCCCCGCUGUCCCCUUGCAAGGAAGAGUGAAACAAGCAAGAAUUGUAUUUUUAAAAACCAAGCGUAUAAAGCCGACCGUGCUGUCACUGCCAAUGUCAUGUGUCAAAAUACAGGAACUUUUGAUUUGGACCUAAGCAAAUUGUGUCUUUCCUACUCUUUACUCAUAAAAAUUUACUUGUGUAAUGAGAGACAUUUGAUCAGGAUGUCAUUUGAAGUUCAGAGAGAAGGGGAUUUUUAAUAGUCUGUUGUGCUUGCAUGGUCAGAUACUGAGCUUAAAAUGUCCUGUGUCAAGCAAAUAGCUAACUGAAUGCAAUUUAGUAUCAGCUGUAAUUUUAAAAAAAACAGUACUUUUGAUGCCUAAAAGCAAAAGAUUAAUAUUUACUGUGUACCUGGCAUAGCACACGGUGGGUUCCAUACACUACAGAAUAGGGUUUUUAAAUUAGAUGCCUGCCUUGCACUUUUUAGUCAUCAACAACAACAACAUGUUGUAACAGCAAACCAACCAAUGCUUUCCAGUUCCCUUGCCUAUAAGUUCUGUUGUUUGGAACAUAUCUUGAGUGUUUGCUUUCCUCAAGGCAGAGUAGUUUGAGUCUGUGAAGAGUGCUGUUGAAUGUAGAGAUGGGACAUUAUAUAAGAAAUGUAAAUUCUAGCGAUUUGGAACAGAAUUUACCUUUUGCCAGAAGCAUUGAGCCCUCUGUCUGUUGCAUUGGUGAAGACUGCUUCAGCUGUCCUGAUGUCUCUCUGUGUGUGGAGAUGCACGCUGUGGUUUACUGCAUGGGUCCAGAUAUGUUUCUGUUCAAUUUGCAUAAGUACAUUCCCAUAGUGGUGUAGCCAAUGCCUAUGACACCAAUGUCUUAAUCUGAACAGCUGCUUGUAGCACUUUCGAUGGAACUGCCUUCCUGUGUCUCCCAACAGGAGCAGGUUCUCUGUCAGCUGGGUAGAGCUCUAGGGUAGCUGCCAGUUGUAUAUGGAAUGUAAUGGCAAGUUAUGAAGGAAUGUAAUUGGCGUCACAGCUUAAAUGAGAAGAAGUCCUGGGAAGAGCUAUACCAAUGUCAUCAGCAGAAGAUUGACUCUCCCCUUGCAAUUUUGGUGUAGUUGAUACAGUUCUUUCUCUCAUCACAGGGAGUGAUAUAGUUCAGGUGAGGACAAUUCAAUUCAUAUAUACUAUCUGUGUAGCCUUUUGGUUUGUAAGGAAUCUGUCUGUGAAUGGGGAUUCAAAUUUCAAAACUUGAUGGAUGUAAAGCAAAGAAAUGUGUAACAAAAUCAGACAGUUUUCAUCCCUGGGUCUUGGUAUUUUUCCAGAAAUCCAGCCUAUGGAAUACACCAUCAAAUGUAACUGAGAGGUACUUAAUUCUAGUCGCUAGGCCGUGAGAAGCCAUGCGUUUUCCAUAAUAUGUCUGAUCAGUCAUUUCACAGAAAUAUAGGGUUGUGCAUGCUAUGGAUUUUGCACAAGACCAUAUUUAACUACAUGGUGGAUCAAGCCGUUCCCUACAAAGGCCUUUUCUCUGGGGCUGAAAUAGUUCACUGAGUGUGCCAAUGGGUGCAAAAUAAGAGAACACAAUCUACAUUCAACUUUCACUUACAGAAAUGCAGAGCUGUAGCACAGUAGAACACUCCAAGAAGUACUAGGCUGUUUAACUUAUACCAUUAUAUGAAAUUACACAUGGGAAAUUCCUUAAAGGAAUUUGAAGAUCUCCAAACUACCAGGAAAGGCCAAGUCAAUUGUUGGCAUUCUGCCUGGAGGUGUCUUAUGGUGCAGGAGGUGUAAGACUGACAAGGGACCCAAAGUCUAAAUAUUCACCUAGCAUUAAAAGAUGGUGAUUACAAUGAAGCACUCCAGAAAUAGCUCGCUGGUCUGAACAGGUUAAUGUUACAUUUUCAUAUUAAUGUUAAUAUGAAAAUUUAAUUCAGUUCAGAGAUAUCCAGCUUUAUAUGCGUUUGAUGUCAUAGGAGAAUGUUGUCCAUUUCUAAUAUUAACGCUUUACAUUGGUAUGAGUAUCUCUGCCUGUCUAUUAGUUCGGUAUUCAGUGUUGACUCUCCAAUAUGCUAAAAGUUCCAAUCAAUCUAAAGCAGGGGUUCUCAAACUUCCUUGCACCAUGACCUGCUUCUGACAACAAAAAUUACGACAAGACCCCAGGAGGGGGGACCGAUGCCUGAGCCUGCCCGAGCCCCACCACUCUGGGCAGGGUGCCAAGCUGAAGCCCCAGGGCUACAUCCCCAGGCAGGGGGCCUGUAACUUGAAGCCUGCCACAAAGGGCUGAAGCCCUUGUGCUUUGGCUUUGGCCCUGGGCGGUGGGGCUCGGGCUUCAGCCCCAGGCCCCAGCAAAUCUAAGUCAGCCCUGGCCACCCCAUUAAAAUGGGGUCACAACCCACUUUGGGAUCCCGACCUACAGUUUGAGAACCGCUGAUCUAAAGUGAACAGAAAGUGUUCUUAACUAGAAGACAAUGGGAAUAGUUCCUUCUUAUCUCCUCACCAUUCAAAUUCUAACUGGAUAUCCCUCCCUCAUGUAUUAUGCAACUAGAGUAGCUCAGUGCUGCCCUCAAAUUCAUGUGACACACCUGCUUGUUUACCUGGGGCUCUCACGGUAAUGUACACAAGAUAUACAGCAUGUUUGUGAGGGGAGAAACAAGCCCUGAAUGGUUUUAAAUUGCAUAUUGUAACAUUCAGAUAGCCAGAGUGCAACUCCUAUUAGCUUUUGGAUUCAUCAGCACAGCUGUGUAAGGUGGUCCUUAUGAACCUUGCAAUGAAAACACUAUAUAGGGCCUAAGCCUGGUCUGUAAUUUGGUACCUGUAACCAGUUACAAGCACAAAUGAUAGAAUUUAGAUCCUUACCUGAUGGGAAGCAUGGUUAGACACCCAACUUCUAUCAUUUGUGCUUGCAGUUAGUUGCACUGGCAGUUAGUUGGAUGCCCAGAAUUGGAGGCUCUUUUGAAAACUCGAUUCAUUGUAAGCGUGUUAGGGGAGAGAACAUAUGCAUGAAACCUACAGCCUCACAGGACUGCUGUGUUAACACGCUAGCUAAUGAGCCUUUUAGCUUGCUAUUGAGCUCCCUCCUCUAUUUAAAAAUCUACUUCUACCUUUCAAAUGGUCAUAUGCACACAUUGCUUUGAUUUUUGAGUCAGCAUUCAACAGUUUGAAGAUGUGAUAUUGCAACGGCCUUCAAAAUGUGCAUUCAGAGAGUUUUAUGUGAAGUGUGUGUGUGUGUGUGUGUGUGUGUGUGUGUGUGAAUUUAUAUACACACACUUCCAAUAAAAUAUUUCAUUUUAAUAGAUAUUUAUAGGCUAUGCAAAGGCUUUUAAUCAUGUUGAGAAGCUGGUACCUGUUUAACCUAUCACAUUUACAAUAUUACAAAAAGCCAUUUAGAGGCAUUUUUGCUUUUCAUUUUAUAUAAAUGCUACAUUGAAAAAUGUACCUUGUUAUAGAAAUACCAGGAUCAGCCCUGCUGAAGUAACUAUAAUUCAUAGGCCUUCAGUCAAGAACAGUGAUCUCUACCUGAGGCCUGAUGGAAAGCCCAUUAGAGUCAAUAGGAGUCUUUCGACUGACUCCCUUGAAUCAGAUUCCAGGUAAAAGGGGACAGGAUUGGGCCCUUAAGAGCUGAUUCUGUCUCACUGAAGUCAACAGGAGUUUUGCUACUGACUCGAGUGGGAGCAGGAUCUGGCCUUUAAGCAGCUCAAGUGAGUGUCCCUGAAAGUUGUUAAUAAUGGAGGAGGAUGUUCCAGCAUGUCCACUGAGAAAAGCUGAAAAACAUUUCAGUUGAUGCACUAUAGCCUAUAAAUAGUCAUGUCAUAUUUUGUUAAUAUGGCAACAUUAUUAAUGUAUAUAAUUAAGCUUCCAAAGAUUUUGUUUUAAACACUAUUGUGUAUUUUUCACUGGGGAAGGAAUUAAUAUAGCUAGUUCAUUUUAAAAAAUAAAAUGAGAUCAAUUUGAAUUAAACUUAGGAGCAAAUCGAAUCAUGGGGUUCACAGAUAUAUUAACUGUCCAAUUAAUUAAUGUGCAGAGCUGUUGUGGGGAACAUAAUUCUCCAGGCAUGCUUUGACAAGUGAUUUAGUAUUCCUAAAUGCUUGUUGAAAGAACAUUGAAUGUUAUCUCGUGUUUGAAUGUACAGUUUCUAAUCUGGAUACAUUUUAAUGUUUAAAAAACUUUGUGUAUAUUGAGCUUGUUGUACAAUAUUCUUUUUGUUCCUAUGUUAAUAAUGCAACAUUGGAUAGUUUCAUUCCACACUUGAUAUUUUAUGUUGAAUAAAUUAAUAGUUUUUACAGUAA